AUGUCCAAGUCCAGCAAUAAGAAUACUCCCAAAACACCAAACACAAAAGGCAACGGCAAUGGCAGCAGCAAUGCUUUCAAGACGCCCGAUAGUAAAUUCAGUGAAGUUACUAAUACUACAAUCGAAUUCGGACCCAAGCACAAGGUCAACCUUUUUCUCUUGUGCGCCUUAAUGUUAGGGAUUGGAAUAAUUGGUGGCUACGUUGUCUUUGUCUUCUUGCACGGCAGCCGGUGUUCCACCCUCAUGGACGCCAAGCAACUAACCUACAGCCAAUCACAACAACAAAUCCAAGAACGAUAUCUGAAAUCAGUCGAACAGUAUCAAAAGUGUCUAGUCGAUUUGAAUGAAUCAUCGAGUCGUCAAAUCACCAGUGACGAGGGCAAACACAAAAACAACGGAGUCCUUUUGGAAAAGCACCAAGAUCUCAUGGACCGACAUCAAGCGACCGUCCAUCAACUCAUGAUGGUCCAAUCGGAACAUUCCGAAAAUUUGGUCCAGCAGCAAACCCUUUCCUUGAAUUUGGAACGAUGCGAAGAUCGGACCAGGAAACUGCAGAACGAGAAGCGCAAGUGUCAGGCCUCCAAGGAACUCAUGAAACAAUUGGUAUCCGAAUGCAAAAGCAAAGAAGGGGCAGCAGCAGCGGCAACAGCAACCGAUCUGUAG